AUGCCUCGUGCUGUCACAGCCGUCCAACCAGCGCUUCUCCACCGCAGUUCUCCCGUGCGUCCGCUGCCGGGCAUCUAUGUCUACACGGGAGGCAGCACCUCAACAUUCAGCGUUUGCCCGCCGUGUAAAGAAGAGCCUGAGCCAUUUGUGAAUAAAACGGUGACAAAUUGCCUGGACAAUGGCAGCUGGAGGAUCGGAGUCCUGAAAAUGGAUGCUGGACUGCAGUAUCCUCAGCCAAGCACACUGAAAGGAGGGACCACCACCCCGGUCUGCCAAUCCAGAGGCACUGUCCCCGACCGCCACCCGAUGUUGCAGAGACGUGUCAACCAGGACAGUCCCACAACAUCCAGAGACUUAAGGUAUUCAGGACGGAUCGCAUCCACCCCUGGAGCUUUGCCACCGAAGAGCUUUCUAACCACCUUGGUGCCUUCAGCCCGGGUGAUGGACGAGUCCGCCUCUGAGUCCACAGUCUCUGCUUCCUCUUUGGAAGACGUGACGGCGGGAUUGAGGAGACCCUCGAAGUAUUCCUUCCACCACCCGACGACCUCCUCAGUCAAGGUCAGGAGGUCCUCACCCACACCACGCACUGAUGUGAACUCGGUGACCAACUGGAACGCUCCUCUGGUUUGGGAGGGAACCUUUGAUCCAGUGGUGAUUGAUAAUAUCUAUCGGAAAAUAAACCCAAGAAUUGCUGUGGUGGUUUCUGCUGUUGGCAAAUAUAUCAGUUUCCUGAAGGAUUUCCUGGAGUCGAGUGAAAAGUACUUUCUUGUUGGCUUCAGAGUCACUUACCAUGUCUUCACAGAUAAUGAACAAGAAGUUCCCAAAAUUGCACUGGGCGAGGGUCGGAAGAUUUCAGUUGUCACCGUCCCCAGUGCCAAGCGCUGGCAGGACGUAGUAUUUGGCAGGAUGAAAUGGAUAGCUGUCACCAUUGACAAACAGAUCCGCGGUGAGGCCGAUUAUCUUUUCAUGAUUGACGUCGACAGUGUCUUCCACAACCGGUUUGGAGCAGAGAGUCUCAGUCAGCUGUCUGCUGUCCUUCACCGUGGCUACUACCAGAGUACAAGAAGGGAGGACUUUCCAUAUGAGCGUCGUCCUAAGUCCAAGGCCUAUAUCCCUUCUCAUGAAGGAGACUACUACUACACUGCAGCUAUGGCGGGGGGAUACCUGGAAGACAUGUACAAGCUCGUCAAAUACUGUUAUGAGCAGUCGGAGGAAGACGCCAAGAACAACAUUGAAGCAGUGUGGCAGGAUGAAAGUCACCUCAACAAGUACUUCUUGUACAACAAACCAACAAAGGUGCUGUCUUCAGAAUACCUGUGGUCAGACUAUGAUGCAAUAAAACCAGAAAUUAAAGUGGUCAGGAUCUCCCACGUGGUAAAGGACUAUGCGAAGGUGCGGCCCAACGGUGGAAUGUGAUGCCACAUCAAUGAUUUUUAAGAAGUAAAACCUUUUUGUAAUGAUAAAAAUUGGAUUACAUGUAUGGAUUUCUUUCUUCAGUUUGUGUACUCGAAGGGUCUAAAACUGAACAGUACAAAACAGACAAUCUAGGUUUUUAUAGUAAACCCUAUCACUUCUAAUUUCUUGCUGUAAGAUGUAUACGUAAGGCCACAUAUUCCCCCUCUAGUGUUGUUUAAGCACACCCGCACACUCUGGAUAGACUUUAUUUGCAGCAGAAAUGUUUUGAUUUGACAACAUGUCUUCUGCAGUGGCAGAAAGUGUGGUGUCAAUGUGUAGAUGUUUGAUAUAUGUUUGAACAAACUACACUGUGUUUUUGUAUGGAUAUUGCUUUGUU